CCCCCCCCCCAAGCACCAGAUGCCACUUUUUUAUGCCAGGACACGUUUUGUCCCUAUCCAAAUCACGAUCUUACGCGCCAAGAUGAGCAGCAAGCAAGACAAGUUCAUCAAUCCCGACGAAGUGGUUCGGCAUAAGGAUGGGCGCAUUGAUCUCUGUAUGUUUGCCAUUGAUGCCGUGGAAAUCGUAUAGAGGAUUUCGUGCUCGGAGACUAACAAGCUUGGUGGAGCCCAUAGUCAGUACCAUCCUCGGUCGCAAGGACCCCAGUGCCCAAGUGCCAGUGCUCUCAGACACAAAUACUACAUCAUCCUCGGCGUCCGGGCCGCCACUCAGUCUAGGGCAAGGAGCGUUACACGACUUCAAACAAUACUCAGCAUCGGCGCCGCACUUUUCAACGACAGGACAAACAUCAAAAGACGGCGGCCAGAAGCGAUCCCGAUCCAAGUCGCCCUCACCAAUCAACAAUACUAACACACUGCAGGGGCAUGUGAACAAGGCGAAAAGGAGCAGUAGCAGCGUUGAGAACGAUGUAGACGCACCAAAGUCAUCUAUCAGUAGCAUGGUAUCACAAAGGGGAGUCGACAGUCAAGGCAGUGAAGGAGAACGAUUUGCUCCGGGACGAGCGUUUGAGAGGGUCUUUAUCGGUUACUGUGCUAAACCAUCGACCAUUCCCUCCAGCAUCGCAUAUUGGCACGAUGAUAAGCACGUCAUUUUCAAGGAUGCAUAUCCUAAGGCAAAAGUGCAUUUGCUGGUGGUGCCAAGGAGGGACAUUGACAAGGUCACAGAGCUGUCCGGCCCCGAAGGGGUCAACAUCGUGGAACAGUUAGUGGAACGUGCGAGCUGGGUAUUGGAAAAGGUCAAGAAGACAUCCCCAGUGCUCGAGUUCAGGAUGGGAUUUCAUGUUAGACCAAGUCUCAAGCGAUUGCAUAUGCAUGUCAUCUCACAGGAUUUUUGCUCCGAGGCGCUCAAAAAGAAGCACCACUGGAACUCGUUCACCACCGCAUUUUUCGUCACACCAGAGCAGGUCAUCAGCGCUAUUAAGGCCAAGGGGUCGUUUUCACCAACGCCGAAGGAAAUGGCCGCUUAUGAGGCCCUUUUGAAACUGGAUUUGAAGUGCAACCAAUGCAAAGAAAGGCUCAAGAAUAUGCCGGCACUCAAGAAACAUCUGCAGGAGCAUUUUGAUCUCAAGGCCAAGGCCAAGAGCCACCACAGCUAGAUCCAAGGUCUGGGGCGGAUGAUGCAUACCCCGCACAAAAAACCGCUUUAUUUAUCUGCGAUCCAGCCGCAAUAAUGGAAACGCAGCA